CGGCGGGGAUGCAUCGUGUCAAACCCUAUCAGUCUUGUCUGCUCAGCUUGUUCUCUCAGCUCCUUGUUCAUCCUCUUGCGGCAGCUGGGGUUUCUUUGAAGCUCUUUCUGCGAACGCUUCUGCUUCCAAGCUCCAAUCUAGGAACUUAUAAUGGGUAAGGAGAAGGUUCACAUCAACAUUGUGGUCAUUGGCCAUGUUGACUCUGGCAAGUCCACAACCACGGGCCAUCUCAUCUACAAGCUUGGAGGAAUUGAUAAGCGUGUGAUUGAGAGGUUUGAGAAGGAGGCUGCUGAGAUGAACAAAAGGUCAUUCAAGUAUGCCUGGGUGCUUGAUAAGCUGAAGGCUGAGCGUGAGCGUGGUAUUACAAUUGAUAUUGCGUUGUGGAAGUUUGAGACAACAAAAUACUACUGCACGGUCAUUGAUGCCCCUGGUCAUCGUGACUUCAUCAAGAACAUGAUUACUGGAACUUCCCAGGCUGAUUGUGCCGUCCUUAUCAUUGACUCCACAACCGGAGGUUUUGAAGCUGGUAUUUCUAAGGAUGGUCAGACCAGAGAGCAUGCUCUCCUUGCCUUCACUCUUGGUGUGAGGCAGAUGAUUUGCUGUUGUAACAAGAUGGAUGCCACAACCCCAAAGUACUCGAAGGCAAGAUAUGAUGAAAUUGUGAAGGAAGUGUCUUCCUACCUAAAGAAGGUGGGAUACAACCCAGACAAGAUCCCCUUUGUCCCUAUCUCUGGAUUUGAAGGUGACAACAUGAUUGAGAGGUCCACAAACCUUGAUUGGUACAAGGGCCCAACCCUUUUGGAGGCCCUUGACUUGAUCCAAGAGCCCAAAAGGCCCUCUGACAAGCCCCUUCGACUCCCACUUCAGGAUGUCUACAAAAUUGGUGGUAUUGGAACUGUGCCUGUGGGCCGUGUUGAGACUGGUAUUAUCAAACCUGGUAUGGUUGUUACUUUUGGUCCCUCUGGACUGACCACUGAAGUGAAGUCUGUGGAAAUGCAUCACGAGGCUCUUCAGGAGGCUCUCCCUGGUGACAAUGUUGGCUUCAAUGUCAAGAAUGUUUCUGUCAAGGACUUGAAGCGUGGUUUUGUUGCAUCAAAUUCCAAAGAGGAUCCCGCCAAGGAGGCAGCAACCUUCACAUCCCAGGUUAUUAUUAUGAACCACCCUGGCCAGAUUGGAAAUGGAUAUGCCCCAGUUCUUGAUUGCCACACAUCCCACAUUGCGGUCAAGUUUGCUGAGCUUGUGACCAAGAUUGACCGGCGGUCUGGUAAGGAACUUGAGAAGGAGCCCAAAUUUUUGAAGAAUGGUGAUGCUGGGGUUGUGAAGAUGAUUCCAACCAAACCCAUGGUGGUGGAAACUUUCUCGGAGUAUCCCCCUCUGGGGCGUUUUGCUGUGAGGGACAUGCGGCAGACUGUGGCUGUGGGAGUCAUCAAGAGUGUGGAGAAGAAGGAAGCAUCUGGGGCCAAGGUUACAAAAUCUGCUGCCAAGAAGGGCAAGUGAACCGUGCUGUAUGGAGCUUCGGCUAUUUUAAAUGGCUAUAAUUAUAAUAAAGACUGGGUACUUGUUAGUAGUAUCUCCUUUGGAUGCAUAGGUAGUCGUUUUGUGGGUUAUUAUAGGUUUCUGUUUUCGCCAUCGGCCCGUGGGUGUUUGCAGAACUGGGUCCUUGAUCGGCGGUGGCAGGGUUUAUGAUGGUUGAUGUUUGUGUCAUUGGUCUUUGGUUUUGGUCCUUUUUGUUUAUUGUCAAGUGGUCAUGUGGUCUUAUUUUUCUUCAAUAAGCAGCUUGGGAAUUUUAUGGUUUUUUAGAAGUCCCAAGUUGCAUAGUUGUUUCCUAUUUGCAACUUAUAAUUAUUAUCUGCUUUUGGUGUA